UGCGAAUAUAUACCAAGAAAAGCAGGAAGGCCAAGAAAAAAGAAAGCCUGUCUAGAGUACAAACUACUACGAACAAAGUGUACGGACAAAGAAUAUGAGUGUUACAACUGUAACCAAAAGAAUUGUACCGAACAAUUUGUUAGUCAAAUAAGCAAGGAACAAGUUGAAAA